GGCUGACCCCCCGCCCCAAAGAGGGCUCUGGCCCUCAGGGGUGCCGAGUGGAAAAUAGGCCCUGCUGUCCCCAGUAAGUGGGUCCCAGACCGGCAGACCCUCACUCUAAACAUUGGCCUUCAGUUCCCUAAGCACUUAGUUGGGUAUCGGGGAGAGCCUGGGGUCCCCUGAGUCCUGUGGGGCUGGCCGGUGCUGCUGCCUCCCAGAGACUUCCCUUCCCCCGACCUGGGCUCUGGGCAGCCUCCCCAGGGACAUUUGCUGCCCUGGCUGCGUCCAGAUGCGGAGCCACGAGCUGUGUCCACUUCCCUUCCCGGCCGCCUCCCCUGCGGGCUGGCUGACUGCACAUCCUGUCCCUGCCUGGAGGGCAAGAGAGGGGCCUUGAGUCACAGUGGCCUCGGGUCCCUCCAGAAGCGGCUGCAGGAGGCCAGGAGACUGCCACCUGCCUUGACUCCUGACUGCCUGCGCCCUCCUGUCUGACGGCCGGACCUCAUUCCUGUGGCAAGCUUGAGUUGAAGCGCUGCAGCAUGGCGCGCGGCUGCCUCCAGUGCGUCAAGUACCUCAUGUUCGCCUUCAACCUGCUCUUUUGGCUGGGGGGCUGCGGCGUCCUCGGUGUUGGCAUCUGGCUGGCCGCCACGCAGGGCAACUUCGCCACCCUGUCAUCCUCCUUCCCGUCCCUGUCGGCCGCCAACCUGCUCAUCGUGACGGGCACACUGGUCAUGGCCAUUGGCUUCCUGGGCUGCAUCGGGGCCAUCAAGGAACACAAGUGCCUGCUGCUGGCGUUCUUCGUGAUGCUGCUGUGCGUGUUCCUGCUAGAGGCCACCAUCGCCAUCCUCUUCUUCGCCUACACAGACAAGAUCGACAGGUACGCCCAGCGCGACCUCAAGAAGGGGCUGCACUUGUACGGCACGCAGGGCAACGUGGGGCUCACCAACGCCUGGAGCAUCAUUCAGACCGAUUUCCGCUGCUGCGGUGUCUCCAACUACACAGACUGGUUCGAGGUCUACAAUGCCACGCGGGUGCCUGACUCCUGCUGCCUGGAAUUUAGCGAGAGCUGCGGCCUGCACGCGCCCGGAACCUGGUGGAAGGCGCCCUGCUACGAGACGGUGAAGGUGUGGCUGCAGGAGAACCUCCUGGCCGUGGCCAUCUUCGGGCUGUGCACGGCACUGGUGCAGAUCCUGGGCCUCACCUUCGCCAUGACGAUGUACUGCCAGGUGCUCAAGGCGGACACCUACUGCGCGUAGCUCCACCCUGCAAUCUGCCAAAGAUCAUCACCCAGACCAAGUUCGUGCCCCAGCCCCACGGACUUGCUCUGUGCCCUCCUGGGUGCUAUGAGGGGCCAGGUGGGCCGGGCAACCCUCCACCCAGCAGUCUGGAGGGAGGGCCCGAGUCUGCGCCCAGGGCCCAAAGGAAGGCAGCCUGCAGGGAUGGGGU